ACUAUUAAAUGGACAAUGAACGGUAAGUGCAAGCAAGCAAAGACCUCUAAAGCCGGAGGUAUUCUUCGCAUCUUUUUCUUACUGUUGACGGUUUCGUGGUGCUGCUCAAAACGUUUCCGGCGCAACUCCAAAUCAGAUUGCUGGUUUUUGUUGCAGACUGUUAUGAGCACAUGUGCCGAAUUUCCAUUCACUUGUUUCGCGCGCUGAAGUUCUACUUCGACAUCUCAUUUACAGUCGUUCAUUAGGAGAGCACCACAGGACGAAUGAUUAGCAUCAUUUGGCAACCAAGGUGAUUAUGGUUGCUCUCACUAGAAGAAAUCCCGGAGUCUUGCUCCAACGAUCGCUACCUUAUGUUGUGAUUUUGUUACUCUUGAACUUUGUCUUUUACAGUCGUUUAAAUAUAUCGCAGCUUCGUCUAUUUUUCCAAACACCCAGUUCACGCCACAGUGUAUGUGAAGCGCAAGGCUGGCGUCCAUAUCAACAUCCACCCGAAAGGCCUCGGAAGGUUUACGAUCUUUUCAUGUUAAGUUCGGAGCUAGACUGGCUCGAGAUUCGUCUCAACACUCUCGCAGACCAUGUCGACUAUUUUGUCAUAGUCGAAUCUAAUAUCACCUUUACCGGGCAUCCCAAGCCUCUCCAUUUUCUAGACAACCAGUCACGUUUUUCUCAACUUUCUCCUAAGAUAAUAUAUCAUCUCCUUGAGAACCGGCCUCUUACUUCUCAUCGGACAUGGGAUUAUGAAGAUCAUCAACGAAAUGCCAUGUUCACACAAGUCAUUCCCCGGCUCAACGGUGACCAAACUGCCAACCAAGGAGAUGUGCUCAUUGUCUCAGAUAUCGACGAGAUUCCACGUCCCGAGACCGUUGACCUCUUACGAGCUUGUGAUUUUAACAAGCGGCUCACACUUCGCAGCCGCUUCUAUUAUUACGGUUUCCAAUUUCUCCAUAAAGGUCCCGAGUGGCCUCACCCUCAAGCAACCAUCUACGCCGGACCUACCAAAACCAUUCUUCCAGCCGAUUUAAGAAAUGGCGAAGGAGGUUUCGGACCGGUUACCUAUUUCCAAAAGCGAGAUUUGGCAAACGCUUCCUGGCAUUGCUCAUCUUGCUUUUCGAUGAUUUCGGAGACAUUGAACAAGAUGGCAAGCUUUUCGCAUACAACUCUGAACCUUGCGGUGUACAGGAAUGAAUCAAGGAUAGUGGAUAGAGUGAGGAAAGGGCUGGAUUUGUGGGAUAGGAAAGGCGAGGAGUAUGAAAUAUUGAUGGAUAAUAAUGAUAUCCCGGAAUGGGUGGUCAAUAAUAGUGAGAGGUUUAGAUAUUUACUGAGAAGGGAGGGUAAAGAUGGCGGGUUUUUGGAUUAUAUCGCUGAUGAUGACGUUAAGGCAUCUUAACUUGAAACUCCAACUAGGUCCGGAAACAUGUACAAAGCUUUUAUGCGCAAUAGAUGGAUAUAUGUGCAGUACAAUUGACCUUAACAAAAUUCUCAUAGAUCGAUAGACUUCGAUAAAAGUAGUUAUUUUACUCCGUUCAUGCCUAUUGUUCACAC